AUGACCACAGAAACCGCAACUUCCUCCAGUCCGGAGAUGACAUCAACCGGACCACCCGCCGGCAUGGAAGCACCAGAUAUGGCCUUUAACACGAAUAAUCUGUCAGCAGUCUUAUUCUCACAAUCCUGGAUGCCAAAUACCAUAGCUGGUUAUGUCGGGUCAUGGUUCUUUCUUUUCUUCUUAGCAAUCAUAUGGCGAGCAUCGGCUGCGUCACUAUCGAAGCUCGAUGCAUUUUGGGCCGCGAAGAACGCGAGGUACUCGAUCCUUAGCAACGGGGGCCAGGAUGAACCACCUCAAAAGGAUGUCGCUCAAGGUUGGAGAAUCUCAGUCAAUCUUCCUCGGGCGCUUUUGCGUACGAUCCAUCAAGGCAUUGCAUAUCUAUUGAUGAUUGCGGUCAUGACUAUGAAUAUUGGGUUCUUCUUCGCAGUGCUUGUUGGUUUUUUUUUCGGCGAGCUCAUUUUCAGUCGCGUUUCUCGGGCUGAUUAA